UACUUCCUCCUUUCACUCUUCUUCACUUUAAUGGACAAACUUCAGCUUGUUCCUUUUAAAUUAGAAACUAAAUUCUUGGAUUCGCACAUUGAAGCUGAGUUAUUGUGAUUAUUUUAAUAGGAUUUGAAAAGCGUCGUGGCGGACACUAAAUCAGGCGGAACCUCCUCUUUGUUCGCCUGUGUUCAGUCCGGAUCAAGUAGUUUCCGGGAGACGGUACCAGCAGUAAACAUGGCGGAGGAGCUGCUGGAAGCGGUGGACAGACUUCAGUCGCGGCUCCAGGAGAACCAGGAGCCGAGAAAGCUACUGAAGACGCUCAAACGACUCGGGGAACUUCCCAUGACUGUGGACAUACUGGUGGAAACUGGAGUGGGAAAGUCUGUGAACUCUUUCAGGAAACAUGAAAUCGCUGGAGAAGUUGCAAAAAGCCUCAUAGCCAAAUGGAAGAAACUGGUUCCUCAGUCUGCAGACAGACCCAACAGUCACGCCAUAGAAGCCUCUCGGCCACACCCCCACUCUCGAGGCCCAGAGGCAGAUGAUGGAGGAGUUCACAGACGCACCCGGGAGCCCUCCCCCGAGGAAGAGCCCUCCUACAUGGAAGAGGAGGAGGCAGAGGAGGAAGAGGAGAGAGGCUACCACACCAACUACUCCCCCUCUCCUCCCCAACACGAGCAGUACAGCCCCCCACAGCGAGGAGGCUACCAAUCAGACGAGUAUGAGAGUCCUGAACCUGAACCUGAAGCUGAGCCUGAACCUGAACCUGAACCUGAACCUGAGCCUGAGCCUGAGCCUGAGCCCAGUCCUCCUCACAAAGAAGUCCGCCACGCCAAACCAUACAGAGAUCCCAGCAAGAACCACCACCACGGGGAUCGAAGCAGGGAGCGCGACGAGGAACGACGGCAACGCCACACACAGACAAGUAGCAAUCGAGGAGAUGAUGACGAAGGAAAGAAACGUGGUGCAGACAGAGAGAGACGACAGAGUCCGGUACAGAAGCCUGCAAAACACAACAGGAAGUCCACAGCGCACGAGAGCAAGAGGGAAGAGAAGAAGAAAGGCGGCGAUGAAGGGCGACCACGACCACCAAAGGAAUCUCAAUCCAAGGAGGUGGAAGAGGACUUUGAGACUCCCACCAUGUCCUUCGAGUCCUUCCUCACAUACGAUGCCCCAAUGUCUGUCAAGAAGAAGAAGAAGCCAUCGUCAUCGUCGUCACACAGUCGGCCGUCACACUCAUCGUCCUCCUCAUCGUCUUCCCAUCGAACUCGCGCCCCCCCACCGCCUGCGACCUCCUCCUCCUCUACCUCCUCCUCUAAAGUCAGCAAGGCGAACGGUGCUCAGAGUAAAAAGAGGCCGCAUUCAAGCUCCAGUUCAUCCGCUGCUGCACCGACGCCAGAAAAACGAAAGAGGGUGGUCGAAGCCGUUCCGACUCUGCCUGAAAUCCCUCUGCCAGCAAUUCAACCCAAUUACAGACCCCUACCCUCCCUCGACAUCACGCCGCUGUCCCCGCAGAGACGUAAAGUUCCUGUCUUAAACGAGGAAGAGGACUCUGGCUUCACAGGGAAACGGUUCAACUCCAAGAUGGUGGUCUACUCAGGAUCGAAGACGGCUUACUUGCCCAAGAUGAUGACUCUGUACGAGCAGUGUAUCCGCGUGCUGCAGAACAACAUCGACUCCAUCGCUGAGGUGGGAGGAGUUCCAUUCGACAUCCUGGAACCGGUUCUGGAGCGAUGUACGCCAGAGCAGCUGUACCGCAUCGAGCAGAGCAACCAGUGUUUUACGGAGGAUUCUGAUGAGUUGUGGAUGCGUCACUGUCAACGGGACUUCAAGCGAGCGUCUCCACAGGAGUACGAGUCGUGGAGGGAAUUGUACCUGAGGUUGCACGACGAGCGCGAGGAGCGACUGAGGAUGCUCACCCAGAACAUCACGUCUGCACACGCCAACAAGCCCAAAGGACGGCAGGUAAAGAUGGCGUUUGUAAAUUCCGUCGCCAAGCCACCUCGUGAUGUUCGCCGCCGACAGGAGAGGUUCGGCACGACCAGCGGUUCGUCAGCUGCCUCCACCGCAGCUUCAGCUCCCAUUAAAAUAAGGCCAGCUACCAUAAACUACUCUGGUGAAACCAGUCGCGCGUCUUUAUCCCAAAACGACCCUUCGCCGAGCUCGUCCCGCUCCUCCGCACCAAGUGGAGGAGGAGGAGGAGGAGGAGGAGGAGGAGGUGGCAGCGGUGGCGGGGGAGGAGCAGCAGGACACGUCGCUCGGGACAAGCCACAGGUCAAAAAAAUCGCCCCCAUGAUGGCCAAAACUAUCAAAGCGUUCAAGAACAGAUUCUCCCGCCGAUAGAGGGAAAGAGACUGUGAAUGUAUUUUAUGAAUUCCAUCUCUGUUUUUAAUUUAAGUUUAGAAAGAUUUUACUGGAGACCCCUUCAUCCCUACACACACAUACACACAUAUACACACACACACACACACCUUUACCCACCAAACACAACAUAUGUGAACUUUACAGUAUUGGUGGAAAAAUGAUUAUUUAAUCCAAGCAGUGGCGUCUGUUUGGGGUUUUUUAAACAAGUAUUUGAAUUGUGAACGGUGUGACGACUGUGGUGAGGAUAUUAAGGAAAUCAACAGAAACAAGUUGCCAACUUUUUACAGGAUGCAAAAGGACACAAACACAAAGUCUGUUACUUUUUCUUAUUUUUUUUUUUAAAGGAACAGUUUGACAUUUUGGGAAAUACACUUAUUCACUGUCUUGCUGGGAUUUAGACGAGAAGUAGAUCGAUGUCAGUCUCUUGUUUGUAAGAUGAAUAUGAAGCAGCAGCAGCUUAGCUCAGCAUAAAGACUGAAACCAGGGUGAAACAGCUAAUCCGGCUCUUUUCUAUGAUAGAAAAUGAUCUGACUACCACCACCUGAAGCUCAACAAUUAAUGUUUUAUGAGGUGAUACAUUAAGUGGUUGUUGAUAUAAAAGUAAUUCAGUCCUGACAAUAUUUAAAUGCUUCAUAAUUCUGUUAAAUUUCCGAUCCAAGCUGGGUCACAGUUUUUAAACACCUGUGUCACAAAUUAUCAUGAUUCUUCUGCACUUCUGUUGAACCCUGGUAGAUUGUUUUGGUGUUAUUCAGGUUUUAAAAGAUUUAUUUAAGCAGUUAUAUUUAUAUAUCUUUUAAAUGUCUGGUUACAAGUCACCAGAAACUAAACUAAACUAUGCAGUAUCUAAAUGUUGUCAAGAUUUUUCUCUAGGAGCCAACGCCAUAUCGCCCAGGUCGGCCCCCAUAAUCCAAUCCGCUCCAAAAUUUCAUAGAUUUUAUAGAUUCUUCCUUGUUCCAUGUUCCACUCUUCUACCAAGUUUCAAUAAAAUCGUUUCUGUAGUUUUUGCAAAAUCCUGCUGACAAACAAAAGUGAAAACUUAAACUUAGCAUCCGCAGAAGCAGCCACUUACAUGAAGCAACAUCCACUCGACAGCGCCCUCUACAGUCACACUUUUUUAUGGUCACUCAAUAUGUGCUUAGCACAUUACCCUUCCACCACAGCUGCCACAGAAAAACAAGGAUAGUUUAUUUACACUUUGUUUUUGUGUCAAUUAGUGAGGGUCAGAAGUGCUGAUUCUGUAAAAGCUGUUUCUCCUCAUUUCCAGCAUUUAUGCUAAGCUCAGCUAACCGGCUGCUGCGUGUAGCUUCAUGUUUACUGGACGGACAUGAGAGGCAUCAAACUUCUCGUCUAACUCUCGACAAGAAAGUGAAUAAGCACAUGUCAAACUUUUAUUGGGUUCGGAAGGUUGGAACCUGACGGCCGGGGUCUUUCUGUGUGGAGUUUGCAUGUUCUCCUCGUGUCUGUGUGGGUUUUCUCAGACUUCCUCCCACAGUCCAAAGACACGUAGGUUCAAUUGAAGACACUAAAUUUCCCGUAGGAGUGGAUGUGAGCGUGAAUGUUUUUUUUGUCUUGACAUGUCGGCCAUGGCGAUCUGUCCAGGGUGAACCCCGCCUCUCACCCAAUGUCAGCUGGGAUUGGCUCCAGCCCCCUCAUGACCCUCAAAGGGUAAAUGGUACAAAUAAUGAAUGAAUGAAACGUGGGAGAGAAAAGUUGUGCUUUUAAUUUUAUGACGAGUCAUUUGUUUCAUUUCUUCUCGACCAAAUCGAACACUGCGAUAGGAAAACUUUUAGACAUUUGUUUUGUCUUUUUAAUUGCAUGCAUUGUGCUCGUCAGCUGCACCCGAAAUAUCAACUGGCUGGUGAGAGACUGCACAUUCAAACAUGAUUUGCCUGGUGCAUUUUUUUUAAUUUGUGGGGCUAAAAAUUAUAUCAGUGAACUACACACACACACAAACACAUUGUCGACUUGUUUUAACCCUCCUGUGGCUUCAGAUCAUGUUUUCCUGCUGUCCAAUGUGUGCGUCCUCUUUAAAUCUGCUUCACUGUGACAAAUGGUUUGAAUGAAAGCUGAAGUGGUGACGAGGGAAAAACGACAAUUAGGAAAGAAGCUGGUCAGACGACUGCGGCUUCAGUCUACAGCGAUGAUGACAUGUAUUUAUUUUCAACCCUGGGACCCGGCACCCCACCACACGGGCCCUGAAAGGAAGUAGAUUAAAAAUUGUAAUUUUAUUAGAUUUUAAAAAAUGUUAUAUGGUCAUUUUUAUUAAAAUUGACUUUUUGCCCUUGAA